GCGGUUACUCAUUUGACCAAAAUGGCGACUUUCUUAGAACUAGCUAAAUGGUAAAAGAGAAGGGGUUUACUUGGAAUUUUAGGAAGACCGCUCCCUCUCCGCAAACAUGGUGCAACUAAAAGUCGCCAAAUGUCCUUCGGAUAAACUCUCUCUCUCAAAUUGCCUCAUCGUCAAUGAAAACGACUUGAAUGCUGAGAAAGUGAAGCAUGUUGAAGUGCGGACUGGUGGACCGAAAGGGUUCAUCUUCACCACCAUGGUGUCUGAUGACAUCCCGCAAGGGUCGGCAGGAUUCAGUCUGAUCCAGAGAAAGUGGACUAGUGUAUCACUCAAUUCUUAUAUUGAUGUGAUCCCCUACAGGUUUGAUGAAAGUGCAUAUCUCUCAAGCAUAACUAUAGAGGCAGACUUUCUGCAAAAAUCAAGGCCAACUCAGGAUGCCUAUGAUACUGACAAGAUGGCUGCAUACUUCACUGAUAUCUUCUUUGAUCAUGCGUUCUCUCUCGGACAGCAGGUUCCCUUUGGCUUUCAUGACAAGAAGUUACUUCUCUUGGUGAUCAAGAGUAUGGAAGUUAUCGAUGUUGGUUUACUACGGGCAGCAUCUGAAUCAUCAAGCACUAAUGUUUCGGUUGGUGUCUUGACAAGAAAUACCCAAGUAGUGUUUGAAAGAGCUGAGGGUUCGACCCUUACCUUGACUGGUGGUUCUAAGGGCAAAGCCAUUCAUCAGUCCAUCAUCAGCCGCGACUGGGACUUCACUAAGCUGGGAAUAGGAGGCCUGGAUAAGGAAUUCUCUAAUAUUGUGAGGAGAGCCUUUGCAACAAGACUUUUCCCUGCUGAUGUGGUAGACAAAAUGGGGUUGAAGCAUGUGAAAGGUAUUCUACUGUUCGGACCACCAGGAACUGGAAAAACUUUGAUGGCCCGGCAGAUUGGAACCAUGUUAAACACCAGAGAACCAAAGAUUAUUAGUGGUCCAGAGGUUCUUAACAAAUUUGUUGGAGAAUCAGAGGCCAAUAUCCGAAAGCUGUUUGCAGAGGCAGAGGAGGAGCAGAAACGAUUUGGAGACAACAGUGCCCUCCACCUGAUCAUCUUUGAUGAGUUUGAUGCUGUGUGCAAGUCCCGUUACAGCUAUAAUACUGGAGGAACUGGAGUACAAGACUCUGUAGUCAACCAGCUUCUGGCCAAGAUUGAUGGUGUGGAGCAGUUGAAUAAUGUUCUGCUGAUUGGUAUGACCAACAGACGGGAUCUUAUUGAUGAUGCAUUACUAAGACCUGGGCGUCUGGAGGUGCAGGUGGAAAUAGGACUACCAGAUGAGGAGGGCAGAGUUCAAAUCCUCAAGAUUCACACGGCCAAGAUGCGUGAGAACAAGGUGCUUGCAGAUGAUGUUGACCUGGCUGAGCUGGCCACACAAACCAAGAACUUCACUGGUGCUGAGAUAGAGGGUCUAGUCAGAGCGGCACAGUCAACAGCAAUGAACCGCUUUAUCAAGCUUACAAAUAACUUCGAAAUCGACCCAGAUGCUGCUCAGAAAAUCCUUGUCCACCGAGAAGACUUUGUUCAGGCCUUGGAGUGUGACAUCAAACCGGCAUUUGGGCCGAGCGAUGACAAUCUGGAUCUCUAUGUCGCCAAUGGAAUCUUCCGCUGGGGUAAUCACGUACAGCGCAUACUCGACGAUGGAAGACUGCUGCUCCAGCAGACGCGCGUGCAGGACAUCACGUCACCUAUCACAGUUCUCCUUGAGGGUCCCGUUGGUGCGGGUAAGACAGCCCUUGCGAUACAGAUGGCGCUCAACUCAGACUUCCCCUUUAUCAAGCUCUGCACUCCAGAGAACAUGAUCGGAUUCGUGGACAGCGCAAAAUGCCAGUCAAUCAAAAAGAUAUUUGACGAUGCAGACAAGUCUGACCUCAGCUGUAUUAUCGUGGACGACAUCGAGCGGCUGCUAGACUACGUGGCGAUCGGUCCCCGCUUCUCGAACACUGUCCUUCAGGCCUUACUGGUCCUACUCAAGAAGAAAUUGAGAAAGGGUCGCAAGCUCAUCAUAAUUGGUACCACAAGCUGCCGUGACAUUCUUGAACCAAUGGGAAUGAUUGAGGCUUUCAACACGGUCAUCCACGUGCCGAACCUCUCCACUAAGGACCACUUGAUGAAUGCACUCAAGGAAGCUCAGUUGUUUGACUCUGAAGAGCUGAAUGAAAUCGAAAGAGAAGUUGGUCAGAGAAGGUUGUGGGUCGGCAUCAAGAAGGCGAUCAUGUUAGCACAAAUGGCGGUGCAGACGAGUAAACAAGAUCGAGUGAACAAAUUCCUGAACCUCCUGGAGGAUGAGCACUGCUUAAGAAAUUCUCUCGAUUAACGAUCCAAGGGGUUCUCUAGGUUUCUAUGGCGACAGGGCAAAUGGUUAAUCUUGAAAUGCGAUGGGUGUGGACUGAGGAUUGUUGUCGCAUGGUGGAAGUAUAACAAUCGCGUUGCGUGACCGCGGAGUGCCUGUAGCGUAACUGUCACAUGCCAUGGACAUCCCAAGGAUUGAAAUAAAGUAUCAAUGUUAUCGUUUACUACCCUGGUAAUGCCGCGCUUCUCUCGUCACAGCAUUUUGGCUGAGCGUCACUGGACGAGAGAAGUGUGGAGGAUCUGGUACCCAGGGUAAUCGUUCACCUACGACAGUUUAUGAUAUUUUUGGAUGAUGCAGAAGUCAGUCCAUUCGCAGCGAAGCAAAUUACAGAAUAUGUACCUCAAACUGAUAUAGUAGCAAUGUAAAUCAACAAUAGAAACGCUAUUAGUACCAGUUUUAUUAUCAUUGAAUUCAAAUGUACAAAUAUACGGUUUCACAUUUGUAGUCUUACAUCAGGGUAAAUGGCAAAGAAAUGGAUAUUGAGAAUUAAAGAUACGGUAGACCUG